CGCUACUGUACCUCUCAAAAGUAACCUGGAAAAACACCAAGUAACAAUCUCACUCCUCCUGCGUCAUUCCGCAACACUCGGAUCUCACACUCCUCUCAUCAUAUCUUGUGCAGACCGACACCUAGGCACAAGCAAAAUUCUUGAACUACACUCCGAUGGAUUAACCCCGCGCUUGGUGUUUAUACCGACCGAAUCUCCUUUCUCUCUUCUCCGGCUCUUCUGCCAAACUUCACACUGGUUUCUGUAGGCUUGUGCGGAGAGCAGUGCAGUGACCUCGUCCCUCCCUGAUCGGCCGACUUGCAUACCCAUGACAUAAAAGCGGGCACGUUACUUAUCCAGCUCUAUUUGGAAGAUUAAUCUCUAGGUAGUGGCCACCGUUUUCACCCCUCCAGAUCGCGUACGGCGUUGUUGACAACCGGUCAUCCGGCCCCUCGUAUUGUCAUACAAGUACCUCAUAAUUCAACCUUGCAGCCAUCACUUUCAAUGGAGAGCGUGCGCCAAUCAUGUCGGCCUAAACACCAGGUCUUGGUCCUUAAAUGCUACCCACAAUACCAGAAAGGAGUCCAGGAUGUGAAACCAAAUUCCAGUGAACUCUCUUAUCUACUCUACUAUGUGAGCACGCGCCGGAGCAAGCUGACCAAGGUCGGCGCCUUUCUGGAGAAAAGGGCAGCUCGGGAUGUCUGGCGUAACAGGUUAGGGAAUGUACAGGUAACACUUCAGAUCCUCACGGCGCUCAUCGAGAAAGUCCCCCGCGAUCUUCCUAUCUAUGCCAGAUCGGUGAUGACCGUCCUUGAAACCGUCCUACGCUCCGGAGAUCUUUCCAUGGUUGAAGAGUCGAUAUCAACGUUCGAGACGUUCUGUCGGCAUCAGGAUAUGGCCGCGCUAUCUGCUGAACAGGAUUUCGCCAGUCAAUACCGGGAAGUCGUGCGGACAUAUGCAGAUUUCGCAGACCAGACCAAAUCCGUUUCUCAACUGAAGACUGCAUCGAGCGGCCCGAUGGUAAUACGUUGGAGGACAGCGGGAUUGCGAGCGAUCAAAGGUGUGGUUAGUUCCGAAGCAGGUCUCGCGGCGGACGGCGGAGAUUCACUGAGAAUCCUUCUCCCGGUCAUUCUGGAUUGUCUUUACAAUGGUGACGAUAGCCUGUUGGUGUCCCUCGAGCUCAGACUGCACGAGUCGGAGAAGAAUGAGCCGGCGCUUGGUCGACGACGGAGGGUUAGUACCGCAACCGUGCAGACAGUUGACGCAAUGGAUGGAGAUCCUGCAUUGGCGUCACGGUCUGCGGCCGACGUUGACAGGCAGGCGGAAAUGGACAUGCGUUUGCUUGCUCUCCGAUGCUUGGAACGCAUAGUCGUGACGGGGAGUAGCCGUGGUCAGAUUCGCGUCACUACGAAAGUGGUGCUGCAAUUCAUCCUGGGCAACGGCCCAUUAUCCGAAGAUGGCAAACCUAUGCAUAUUGAUUCGACGGGCGGCUGGGCUACGUCUCUAGUGGAACUCAUCGCCAAGUGGUGUCCCGUUCAAGUCCGUUUCAUCAUUUUGGUUUCGGCAAUGGAGAUGUUGCUCGAGGACCAGCCCACAGAAGACACCCUGCAACGCUCGCACGCCCUGAUAUACUUGAUCGACUGGUUGCUCAAAUCCCCUGUAAACAUGAUGGGUCUUAGUGUUAUUGACAUUCUGCUGGGCCUGAUGCAAUUCAUGUCGACCCUGUUAUCGCGCCCAGCCAGCGCGAGGUCUGCGGAACAAGGACUGGGCGAGAAGUUGAACGAUCACGACGUUGUCAUUUCCCCUGAGAGAUUGGAGAUGCUUGCGCUACUUAAGAGGACUAUUGGAGAUCUCGCGACACAUAUUUACUACGGUGAUCAGGUUGUCGAUAUGGUCAGGACGAUCCUGACUCGCGUGAAGCCAUCCAUCGACAAUAAACUCUUACCUGCCACGGCCUUACCGAACCAGUCAGACAAUGCAGAGGGUAGUACUAAUUCAGCUGGGUUUCCUGGAGAGAUGAAUGCGGCGGCCUUCUCGCUGCCUAUUGCAAAAGUGACAGCGCUUAGAGCAAUCAAAGAUAUUCUCUCGGUAGCCAAUUCGAACAGACACACAGCCGCUGGAGUGGAGACUAGGAACCCUGUGGGCAUACAUGCCUGGGAAGGAACGCAGUGGCUUUUGCGUGAAUCCGACAGGGAUACUCGCCACGCGUAUAUCGAUGCCUUCCUCACAUGGUUGUCGUUGGAAACUACGCAAGAUGAUAUCAGGGCUACAUCCGGGCCAGUGAAGGGAACAGGCACUCUCCCAAGACGUGAAUCGCCGGAAGUCACUGAGAAGGUUGACAAGCGACCCUUGAACGUGAGUCAGAGAGAGAAAGUCAUCAUAGCGGCUCAGUUGAACUUCCUCCGACUGUUCCACUUGACCAUAUACGAUAUUGCGCUCGACUGCCCUACAGACGAAUCCGAGAUUCUGCUACUUCAUCUCCUUCUCACAAGCCUUGUGGAACGACUCGGAGUCAAUGCCGUCAGAUUUGGGCUUCCCAUGGUCCUGAAGCUUCAAGAGGAUUUAGCAUCUGUGCAGUCCUUGCGUUCUCCAACUGCCAAGGUCAACAUCGGAAGCUUGGUCCAUGGAUAUCUGUGGGCAAUGUGCGAGAAGUUUGAGUUGGAAAGCUAUAGAGUUGGCAACGAAAUUAGGAUAGAGAUUGACAGACGGAAAAAAAAUGGCCUUUGGCUCGACAGAGUGCGUAUGCCUGCCAUUCGUAUCGACGAUAUCAUCAAAUCGCGUGAGAAGUCUCCGCGCAACGACGAUAUCAUGGCGCAAAGCGAGUUUAUCCCUUUCAAGGCAGGUAUUGAGGAACUUGUCAACCGAAUUGAGGAGGUUUAUAAUUCCUCCAUGACCUCGCCCGCUCACAGCCCUCCGGCAUCACCCGGACACAGCUAUGCUCUUCCCGUCCUGGGACAUGGAGCCGCGACUGCUAAUUCUCUCAAGUGCAAUUUACCGUCAUCUAUCAAAGAGCAAAUGCUUUCACCAUGGUCCAGAGAGGCUUGUCUAGCGGCCGCUGAGAAGGAGAAGGCAGAGGCUAUGUCUAUCAACGGAUCAAAACACGGUACACUAGGGUUGCGUAAUUACCCCACCUUAAAUGGCGCCGGUAAUAGCUCUCAUUCAAUCGCUACCUCCGCGCAUCAGAGCGCCUUCGGUGCUGCAGCAGGUCUGCAACAUCUCCGGCGCACGAGCAUACCUGACUCGCAAGGUACACCUGUCAACGGCUCGGGCAGAGAGUCGCCAGUGCGCGUCAACGAACUGAGACGGGUUCUUUCUGUGAAUGUGGAGGGUAAUGCUCGCCGGUUGAGCCCACUGCGCGGGCGGCUGGAUGCUUCGAAUGGCAGUAUUGUCUCCUCGAGUAGUGAGAGCAUGGUCAGUGGCUUUUCGUUGUCUGAAUAUGAUGCGGAUGGCAACUCAAUCAGACCACAGUCCAUUCGGGAUGGUCGAUUGUCCGCCAACGGAGACGGCAUGGAAACACCUAAAGCCUCUUCUAUUGGUGUGAACGGCGGCCAGUCUCGGCAGUCUUCAUUGUCGUACAACUUGCGGUCUGAUGAUAUCCCUCCGGUGCCGCCGAUCCCGCCAUCUAUAAGCCUGCCCGGAGGGUUUCCGAACGAUUCUCAGCGUCCAUUGGCAAAUGGCGAGCGACCCUCGACCGCUCCCGGGCCCCGUCAGGUUUUCACCAACGGGAACCAAGGGACGUUCUCUGCGGAUAACGAGAGGACCCUGAGCAGACACAAGAGCCGUUCCAGCACUGGUCUUGCGGCCGCAGCUAAUUCUGACAAAGCUUCAUACGUGACUGACGGAGGUCCUCCCGACGCUGCCUUGCGUCGUGACGUGCAGAACCUCAUUAACGGAUUUCUAUCGCCGAUGGAUGCCGAGUCGAGGCGCAGCGGUACCAAAGCCUCUGGCCGCAGGGCCAGCAGCACGCACGCUGGCAGAAGGAGGGCGACUGGAGGGAUUGGACGUCCUCCUUAUUAGGCCUCCUAGUUCAUUCAACAUGAUGACUAUCAAUCUUCCUGCACAACCCUUCUACUUCUUCUCUUCGCGUUCGGGCCCCUCGGCAGGCCCCAUCCCCCCAUCUACUAUGCCGACUAGCAUGCAUAUAAUCUUAUACCUUUCUCUGAUUCUCAAAACUCCAUUGCCGUAACACUUCCUUUGUCCAAAAAAUUUUCUUUCCUCACCUUUUAUUAAUCUACUAGGCGACUUGUCUUGUCUAUAUUGGCUCCGUUAUGGCACAUUCGUGUAUCAUGUAUCGAUAUCUGCUCAUAGAGUUUGCUGGCUUCGAGUACCCCCGUUCCUUUUCUCUUCUCCUUGUUCUUUCAGCGCCGGAUCACAGAACAUACCAUGGUUGGGUAACUCAGCCGCCCCAGUUAUUGUCUCAUGUGAAUAGGCGGGAAUGGCAUUUUGUGUGUAUGUAGAUUUAUCGGGAAAUAUAUAUAUUUGCAAGUCUUGA